AUUCUUAAAAUAUAGUGGUGAUCCUAACUGACCUAAGACAGGGCAUUUUUAAUAGGAUUAAAUGUCAGGAAUUGUGAAACUGAGUUUAAAUGUAUUUGGCUAAGGUAUAUGUAAACUUCAGACAGAUUCUUACAGACACUUUGUGGAUGCGGUCUUGAUUAAUUUGGUCUUAAGUGUCAAGUAAUCAAAUGAAGUAACACGUUUGCAUAGUACUCAUAGCAAUCCCUCAUUGCCCAAUCAGAAGAUGCUUCAUAGCAGGGUGCUCCUAUCAGAUUUCUGGAUCCAACAACCUCUCACUCUGUAUCUCUUACAGUCAGUAGACAUGGAGGAUGGGAAGCCUGAUCUGCUGCUGGUCAAAGAGGAGACAAUAGAAGAUGACCCAGAGAGCAUUGAUCUGCUGAGUGGAGUAAAGAUGGGGGAGCAAGGUGGUUGGCUGGAGGCUAACAGAGGAGACUGGACGGCCAUCUUGGAUUCCCAGACGGGUGCAGCCAAGGGCCCAGGGGACAACGUCACAGAGCAGGCCAGGACCAGACGAGACAUAGUGGAGGCCAGUGGAUGGGACACCGUCCUCAACUCUGGGCUGGGGCACGACAACCAGAAACAGACAGUGAAACACAAAACAACAACCAAACUUAUUCUCCCUAACAGACUGGCUGAGACCAGGGCGAGGCGUAGAUUUGGUCCGCGGGGACGAGGAGGUGUCCAUAUGCGGCAGGAGAGAACAGACACAGACUCGGCUAGCGAUGCUCCAUCCUGCUCCUAUAGUUGUGAUUCAGAGAGACUGAUGGAGCCUCAGGUUAACCCCCUAACAGGUGCUGCCUUCAGCCUGCCUUCUAUAGGAUCUAUCAACUGGAACAUGGACCCUGUGACAACACAGACACUCCCUGGCCUUCAUCCUCCUCACACUCUCCAAAUGUUAAACCAGACCUCAGACAAUGCCAGUGCCUCAACACUAAAUGGCUACACAAGCCCAUUGACAAAUGACAGUAGUAGUGAUGCUAUCAGCAGAUCCGGUGGCAAAGAGAAGCGCUUCCCGUGUUCAUUCUGUGGGAAAGCCUUCCGUUUCGCCAGACAGGUGGAGAUCCACCAAAGGAUGCACAUGGGGGAGAAACCGUUCAGCUGCGACAUGUGUCAGGACAGUUUUUCACACUUGUCCAGCCUGAAGAGGCACCAGAGGGUCCACACAGGUGAGAAACCAUUUGGCUGCCACAUGUGUCGGGCCAGUUUUUCACACUCGUCCAACCUGAAGAGACACCAGAGAGUCCACAGAGGGGAGGAAUCUUACAGCUUACCCAGUGUGAGAAGAGGUUCUCCCACCAGCACCAGCUGAAGAUGCAGCUGAUGGUCCACAGGAGAAAGGCCAUUCAUUCGCCUGUACACACUGCGGGAAGAGGUUCUCAGAGAGGAGGUACUUCAGGAUACACCAGCAGAAAAUGCACAUGGCCCAUGUAUAGAGUAUAGCCCUCAAACUCAACUCUGGAACUCAAUGCCAAUUCCACAGUGGUUUUUUCAUUGUUCUCCUGGGACACCAGGUGUGUGUAGGGCUGUUAGUUACAGUUACAGCCAUAGCGGCGGUCAUGUCUCAUGACAGCAGUCAAAUUCCACGUGACCAUUUAGUCACAGUAAUUAAGCUUCUCCAAGCUCUGAUGGUGCUGAUGAUCAUUAGUAGCCUACCAAACUUGCUAACUUCCUGGUGCUCAGCAUUCUGUUGUCCCUCUUUAUCACUCUGACAUCAAUGCAAAUGUAAUCGAAAAUCUAAUCCAACACUUCAUGAGAGCCUAUGUUGCGCAGCAUUUCUAUAGACUAUGCAAUUUUAUGAGAAAACGGAGUGAUGGCCUCCAUUAAAAAGAGGAUCCCAUCAGAUUUCUAUAGGCUAGGCCUACUAUAUGUAUUUCUCAACUUUCCUAGUAUUAAGCACAUUGCUUCUCUUUUCCACAGGAGUACAGCCUACCUGGCUGGCAUGAACCACGGGAAAAGCGUCCACCAUUAGCUAUUUAAGUGUAUUGUUUUCCCCCUGCCCCUGUUUCGAGACAGGUCCAAAUCAAAACUCAUUUCACACAUAUAUUAUUUAGUAUAUGUAAAGACAAGAUUAAAUCAAGAAUAGUCUGAUGGGUGACAAUAUUAGCGUUUCAUUUGUAAAUGAUGCCCAGCGUGUGGAGUAAAGCAAGAAACAGUGCAUGCCUUUUUCAAAUCAUAGUCACACACCUCAUGUAGCCUAGCCCAUACGUUUUGAUAAGGUUUGUAUCACAACUAAAGUAGCCAAAUAACUUCUUAAAAUGAAGCACAUUAAUCCGUGUCACAACGGGUGUAGAGCCUGCGUUUCAAGAUUCUAAAAUGCACCUUCAUAAUAAAAGGAUUCCAUGCAUAAUAGCCUUUGCUUUGAGAAUGGUGUUUUCCCGCUAAUGGAACAUUCACGCUUACAGCAUACGGCUGUGUGCGCAUUGCUGCGCUUAUAAUGUGAAGAAAUAGCCUAAUAGUUUAACAUUUUCAGCUAAACGUUCUGAUCUUUUUCGUCAGCCUCAUUGCUUAAAAAAGGUUUUGAUGCUAGUGUUGUAUUAAUUUGGGAUCUAUCGCAUCCCACAACUGUCCCAGGCUAUUUAUUUCUCACACAGAAUAGGUAAACUUUUGUACUAUGGGGGAUAGUAGAUUGACAUAGGCUAGUGCUUUUGCUGUUUGUUAGGCCUACUCAUCUUGUUGCCUGACAAAGUAAAUGUGGACAGUUCUUCCAAUAUCUUCAAUAUGCGCCUCGGAAUUGGAUAGGGACACGCGCAGUUGCGUCCCCGACGUGUCCGUCUUCACUUGUAGCCUGUGAGAAAGAGCCGAUCACGUGAUGGAACGCCAUGUGAGUGAGAGGUGCUUCAGAGCACCCACCCAGCCAGAAGGAAGGAAAUUACAAUUAUUAUAUUCAGCCCAAGGGCACAGUAGCCACUGGCCGCAAAAGGCAUGGAUUGUUUUUAGGGGGCAUUACGGCCACACAAAGGGGAUGCAGCCGAGAAAUUCUAGGCAUUAUCAAGUGCUUGUCAAAUUGUAAAUGAGAGACUGAUGACGUGUGUAUCACCUGCACAAAAAAAGAAAGCAGAGCUCAUGCCUUUAAUGCACAUUUUUUCAAAUCGUCAUUAGUCGCAUCAUGCAGCCUUACAAUGUAUUAAACAUCCUAACAUAUAGCUCAAAAUUUCACAACAACAUUUACAUAACUCUAAAUGAAGCAUAUUGGAGUACCUGUUUCUUCGUUAAACGCUCUGUAAAAAUGCUUCACUAAUGAAGUGACAACUAUGUCCCUUAGGUUGAUUCUGGUGUUUUACAUUGAGAAUGCCUUAAUUAACUUGACAAAGCAGUGAAGAUGUGUGUAAUGUUGAACAUUUUCCAAAGUAUUCUAAAAUUAAUUUUAUCCAAGCGAGGGUACCAGUUGUUCAGAAAAGGUAGGGUUACAAUAGUGAGUUAUUCCACUUACAGUUUAGCAGACACUCUUAUUCAGAGUGACUUAGUGCAUUCAUCUUAAAGGCCCAAUGUAUCUGUUUUUAUCUAUCAAAUAAUAUCUGGGUAACAAUCAAGUACCUUACUGUGUAGGCUUGGGCGGUAUACCGUAUACUGGGGCAUUUGGAAAUAGGCACGGGAUGUUUUUUCAAUACCAUUAACUAUUUAUUUUAUACAUUUGAAUAUACUUGUCACUUAUUGUUUUGUGCAAUAAAAGUAUUGUACUUCAAAGUUGAGUGUAUGACCAUUUUGAUUAAAUGAAAUACAAAAUUGA